AGAAACACUUGUUCGUCACUCUUACAGCACCCGGCCCGCUAUAACCCUCGUCCCCAAGCGCUGUGCAAAACCCUACUGAAUCCUGAUCGUUCUUGUUUGCCAUCGAACGCAACAUGUCUGAAACACCUGCAGAGCGCCCUAUCGCUUACUUUGAUAUCACUAUCGGUGGAAAACCCACUGGGCGUAUCGUAUUCUCGCUCUAUGCGGACUCGGUGCCCAAGACAGCUGAAAACUUUCGUGCAUUAUGUACGGGUGAAAAGGGUAUUGGAAAGUCUGGCAAACCCCUCUGUUACGCUGGAUCUGGCUUUCACCGCGUAAUCAAAGGGUUCAUGUGUCAGGGUGGUGACUUCACGGAGGGCAAUGGCACUGGGGGGGAAUCAAUCUACGGCGAGAAAUUCGAAGACGAGGCGUUCCUCGUGAAACACACGAAACCUUUCUUACUGUCAAUGGCGAAUGCAGGAAAAGACACUAAUGGCUCGCAAUUCUUCAUCACCGUGAAUCCAACAUCCCAUCUUGAUGGCAAGCACGUGGUUUUCGGUGAAGUGAUCAAGGGCAAAUCAAUAGUCCGUACAAUUGAAAAUUUCCCGACUGCUUCCGGAGAUGUUCCCACUUCCCCUAUCGUUAUAUCUGCUUGCGGCGUUCUCUCACCGGAUGACCCCUCCCUCGUGACUUCCGAGACGACUAUCGGUGAUGGCUACGAGGACUACCCUGAAGACGACGAUUCCGAUGUGCAGAACCCCGAAGUUGCGCUUGAUAUUGCGCGUAAAAUCCGUGAGAUCGGUAACAAGCUCUUCAAGGAUGGGCAAAUAGAACUCGCACUCAAGGCGUACCUCAAAUCGAUAAGAUACCUAGACGUCCAUCCCGAAUUGCCGGAAAACUCUCCACCGGAGCUCAAGGACUCUUAUGAAUCGCUUCUUGCACCCCUCUUAUUAAACUCAGCACUCGCUGCGCUACGCACACAACCAGCAGCGACUGAAACUGCGGUGAAGAAUACCACGCGAGCUUUGGACCGUCUGCAGCUGAGUAACCCAGAUAAAGCCAAGGCCCUUUAUCGUAGGGCGUCAGCGCAUGUAAUUCUGAAGCAGGAAGAUGAAGCUGAAGCGGAUCUUGUUGCUGCUAGUCAGCUUGCACCCGAAGACCCGGCGAUCCUAGGAGAACUCGCGAAAGUGAGGCAGAAGAAGAAGGAAAAAAGGGAGAGGGAGAAGAAGUCAUACAAGAAACUGUUCUCGUAGACUGAUCAAUAUGGAUAUUAGAAGAAUACCAGUUGACUAGAUAGUUUAGCAUUUCCUUACGUUACUCGUGAAUGCCUGAAUUCUCACUGGAAUCCACAUUAUAUCAAUAUAAACUUCGAAUAAUCUCCAC